UAAUUAAUUAAAAGAAGAAAAUUAAAUUAAUUUAGAGUUACGCAAAUGUAAUGAUCCUCCACUCUAAAAAUGUUCCAAUGGAAGGUAGGAAAAAGCCGUUAAUGGGUCCCGCUUCAGCCGUUGCUCGCUCUCUUUUUCUCUCUCCUCUUUUCCAGUUUUCCAAUUGAUCCUCUUCUCUCAACAAAUUCAUCAAAUUUUCUCAAUUUUUAUUUGAUCCUCAAACCCUAACCCUAUUCUAUCGAUCGAACCAUCUGCCAUUUUUUUAACUUGAAUUUGAUCACAAUUUACCCAGAAAUUUUGGUUGUUUGAUUUUCGAUCUUGGUGUAAGAAUUGAUUGCGUAUAAUCCUAAUACUGCGAUCAUUUAUAAGCGAAUUUGAUAAUAUUUUAAGGGGAUUGGAUUAGAUUUUUGAAGAUUAUUGUUUGAUCGAAAAAAAGAAUGUCGAAUUUAUAUGGAGAUUUUAAUCAGAAAAUCGAUUAUGUUUUUAAGGUGGUAUUAAUUGGGGAUUCAGCUGUUGGGAAAUCCCAGCUUUUAGCUCGAUUUGCGAGGAAUGAAUUUAGUGUUGAUUCGAAAGCAACAAUUGGGGUUGAAUUUCAGACAAAAACCCUUGUGAUUGAUCAAAAGAUCGUCAAGGCUCAGAUAUGGGAUACUGCUGGCCAAGAAAGGUAUCGAGCUGUUACAAGUGCAUAUUACAGAGGAGCAGUCGGAGCAAUGUUAGUAUAUGACAUGACCAAGCGCCAAUCAUUUGACCACAUUGCUAGAUGGCUAGAUGAGUUGAGGGGGCAUGCCGAUAAAAAUAUCGUGAUCAUGCUUAUUGGAAACAAGUGUGACUUGGCUUCUCUUCGGGCAGUGCCGGUUGAAGAUGCAAAGGAGUUUGCUGAGAGAGAGAAUCUUUUCUUUAUGGAGACGUCUGCUCUAGAUUCCACCAAUGUUGAGACGGCUUUCUUAACCGUUCUGACUGAGAUAUACAGAACAGUCAGUAAGAAAACUCUUACUGUCAACGGUGAUCAUGAUGCGAGCAGUAAUGCAGCUCUUCUAAAGGGAACCCAGAUUAUUGUUCCAGGACCUGAGAUAAAUAACCAAGGGAAAGGAGGAGGAGGAUGUUGUACUUGAACUGUCGCUUGGAUUCUUUUUUCUUUUCAAAAAUUUUUGGGCGUAAAAAACGGUUUUGACAGGGAGAUUCUAUAGCAAAUAGUGACGAGCAAUCGAAUGAAUUUAGGAUGUUAUUCUGUAUAGAUCUUUAAAAUCUUCGUACAAGGAUAUAUCUUCUUUCAGAAGAUGAUAACUGGUAUGUAUUUCAGGAUUCUCAUUAUAGAAAUUGUUUCAAAAAUCAAAAAAACUUCAGGUCUUUUAGUGGAUUUUAGGACAUGAGAAAUAGUUAAAAGUUUAUACUUGUCUUCCCUGAAUUAUAUCUUUGGGGUUAGUUUCAUUAGUUUUCUUUUGAAUGUAGGGGCUGUUAGCCUGUUACACUUCUGGAUCAUUUUGAGUUCACAUUAUGUAUUAUUGACUUAUAUAAUAUGCAUCCGAUAUUGCUCAGA